CUAUGUUAAUUACCAAAAAAGAGUGUGUUUUUAAUUAAAUUAGCUAAACUAAUCUUUUUCUGCUAAAAGAGUUUAAGAUUAUGGAGAGAAAUUAGGCCCACUUGGUUUGAAGAAAUCUCCAAUCUUUCUUCGCCAAGUCUCCCACACAGACACAAGUGUGUUCCUUCUUCUUCUUCUUCUUCUUCUUCUUCUUCUUCUUCUUCUUCUUCUUCUUCUUCUUCUCUAUGUAUGUCGGAGAGUAGCAGCAACUUUAAUUAUUCUCUCUCUCAUUCAUCAUCAUGGAGUCUCUUACUACAUCAAAUCCUUCCUUCGUUUGUUUCUCUAAAACCAUAUCUCAUUAUCCUUAUCGUCUAACUUGUAUCCAAAAGUUCGAAGCUUCCAACAACAACAACACCUUAUCCUUAUUUUGCUGUAAAUCAUCGAAUCCGAAACCAGAUUGCAAUCGUCGUAUCAAGAAGCUAAACCCAUUUUGUGUAUUGCGCCCAAUCGUUCGAACAAUAAAGGGUUUGGUCUCUUCUCAAUCAAGGCUAUGGAUGUCUCGUUUUCGAGCUUACAGAGACGAAACGGCGGCGUUUUCAUCAGAGGACUUCGUCGGGGAUUUGAAGCACAACGGUGGGUUAGGUAUUGCCCUUUUGAGCGUUACGGCUUCCGCUAAGAUCAAGAUUAGCCCUUUCGUUGCGACGCUCUCGUCCAAUCCGACCUUCGUUUCUGCUGUGUUCGCGUGGUUCUUUGCGCAGUCGAGUAAAAUGGUUAUCAAUUUCUUCAUUGAGAGGAAAUGGGAUUAUCGUUUGCUGUAUGCUUCUGGUGGGAUGCCUUCCUCUCACUCGGCUCUAUGUAUGGCUUUGACGACCUCUGUGGCGCUUUGUCACGGAGUAGCAGAUUCGUUGUUUCCUGUUUGUUUAGGUUUUAGCUUGAUUGUGAUGUAUGAUGCUAUCGGUGUUAGACGCCAUGCCGGUAUGCAAGCUGAGGUUCUCAACUUGAUCAUUAGGGACUUGUUCGAAGGACAUCCCAUUAGUCAAAGAAAGCUAAAGGAAUUGCUCGGUCACACCCCUUCGCAGGUUCUUGCUGGAGCAUUAGUUGGUGUGGUGAUUGCUUGCUUUUGUUGCCAAGGUUAUCUAGCCUCAGCCUAAGAUCUCGUUAACAAUUUCCUCAUAAGUUUUCUGGUUGGUUUUUUCAUUUGGUUCCAAGUUCGCAUUAGCAGAAAAAACUCAUGCUUUGAGUAUUUGAUUUUGGCUUAAGACCCGUGGUUGUAUUAUAUGUUGUGUUCAGCAAUAGAGAAAAACUCGUGAUUCUUCUUUCUGAUAUUUUUUCAGUUUUUGUAAUCUCCCAUAAAUACAUUGGUAACUGGAAGAA